AUGCAGUUUCAACUGACCCUUUUUGUGUACCUUGGUUUGCUCAGGUAUGCAAGAGCCCCGGAUGACUGCAGCCAGGGUGCCUGCCGUCCGCCCACUGGCGAUCUCCUAGUGGGGCGUGGUGCCCAGCUCACUGCUUCUUCUACCUGCGGGCUGAAGGGAGCACAGAAGUACUGCAUCCUCAGCUACCUCGAGAGGGAACAAAAAUGCUUCAUGUGUGACUCCAGAUUUCCAUAUGAUCCGUACACUCAACCCAACAGCCACACCAUUGAGAAUGUAAUUACAAGCUUUGAACCAGACAGAGAAAAGAAGUGGUGGCAAUCAGAAAAUGGUCUUGAUCAUGUCAGCAUCAGACUGGACCUAGAGGCAGUAUUUCAGUUCAGCCAUCUUAUAUUGACCUUUAAGACUUUUCGGCCUGCUGCAAUGUUAAUCGAGCGUUCCACAGACUAUGGACAUACCUGGAAAGUGUUCAAGUAUUUUGCAAAAGACUGUGCCGCUUCCUUUCCCAGCAUCACAUCAGGUCAGGCCCAGGAAGUGGGAGACCUUGUUUGUGACUCCAGAUAUUCGGAUAUUGAACCCUCCACUGGUGGUGAGGUUGUUUUAAAGAUUUUGGAUCCUACCUUUGAAAUAGAAAAUCCAUACAGUUCUUAUAUCCAGGACCUUGUGACCCUUACAAAUCUGAGGAUAAACUUUACCAAACUCCACACUCUUGGGGACACUUUGCUUGGAAGGAGGCAAAAUGACUCCCUGGAUAAAUAUUACUAUGCUCUGUACGAGAUGGUUGUCCGGGGAAGCUGUUUUUGUAACGGUCAUGCCCGUGAGUGCAGCCCGAUGCAGAAGGUGCGAGGAGAUGUUUUCAGCCCCCCCGGAAUGGUCCAUGGUCAAUGUGUCUGCCAGCACAACACGGAUGGUCCGAACUGUGAGCAGUGCAAGGACUUCUUCCAAGAUGCCCCUUGGAGGCCAGCUGGAGGCCCCCAGGACAGCACCUGCAAACCAUGUAACUGCCAUGGCCACUCCGAGCGCUGUCACUUCGACAUGACCGUGUACCUGGAGAGCGGUGGGCUCAGCGGGGGCGUGUGUGAAGACUGCCGGGACCACACCGAGGGACAGCACUGUGACCGCUGCAGACCCCUUUUCUACAGAGACCUUCUCAAGCCCAUCUCCGACCCCUACGCGUGCAUACCUUGUGAAUGUGACCCUGAUGGAACCUUAUCUGGUGGCAUUUGUGUGAGCCACUAUGACCCGGCUUUGGGGUCUGUCACUGGCCAAUGUUUGUGCAAGGAGAACGUGGAAGGGACCAAGUGUGACCAGUGCAAGCCCAACCACUAUGGACUUAGUGCCCAGGAUCCGCUGGGCUGUCAACCCUGCAACUGUCACCCCCUGGGGACCCUGCCGUUCUCGACCUGUGAUGUGGAUACUGGCCAGUGCUUGUGCCAGGCGUCUGUCACCGGGCUACACUGUGAAGAAUGCACUGUGGGCUACUGGGGCCUGGGAAAUCAUCUCCACGGAUGUGUCCCCUGUGACUGUGACAUUGGGGGUGCUUAUUCUAACAUGUGCUCCCCAGAAGACGGGCAGUGUGAAUGUCGCCCCCACAUCACGGGCCGCCGCUGCACAGAGCCAGCCCCCGGCUACUUCUUUGCUCCUUUGAGUUUCUAUCUCUAUGAGGCAGAGGAAGCCUUGCCAUUACAGGGACUCAUGCCUCUGGGUUUGGUGACUUUUGGGGAGGCCCCCUCUGCUCACGUCCUUCUCCGAGAGUCAGUUCCUGGGCAGCCAGACACAUGGACCGGACCUGGAUUCGCCAGGGUCCUUCCAGGGGCUGGCUUGAGAUUUGCUGUCAACAACGUCCCCUUUCCCAUGGACUUCACCGUCGCCAUCCGCUAUGAAACUCAGUCCAGAGCUGACUGGACUGUCAGGAUCGUGGUUAACCCCCCUGGAGGAAGGACGCACUGCACCCACAAGACCCCACAGCCAAAGCCCCGGUCUUUUGCUCUACCAGCAGCUGCCAGAAUCAUGCUGCUGCCCACACCCAUCUGUUUAGAACCGGGUAUACAGUAUUCCAUAGAUGUCUAUUUUUCUCAGCCCAUGGAAGGAGAGUCCCACGCUCACUCACACAUCCUGGUUGACUCUCUUGGUCUUAUUCCCCGAAUCAGUUCUUUGGAGAAUUUCUGCAGCAAGCAGGACUUAGAUGAGUAUCGGCUGUACAACUGUGCCCAGAUUGCCUCUGAAAUGGGACCGCGGGUUCUCCCUGAUGCAUGUGAAAGACUUAUCGUCAGCAUGUCGGCCAAACUACACAACGGGGCAGUGGCCUGCAAGUGUCACCCCCAGGGCUCAGUCGGGACCAGCUGCAGCCGACUGGGCGGUCAGUGCCAGUGCAGACCUGGUGUGGCGGGACGCUGCUGUGACAGGUGCUCCCCAGGGAGCUACAGUCUGGCUCAUCAUGGUUGUCACUCGUGUCACUGCCACCCUCAAGGCUCGAAGGAUACCUUAUGUGACCAAGUAACCGGACAGUGUCUCUGCCACAAAGAAGUGGGUGGCCGCCGCUGUGACCAGUGCCUGGCCGGCUAUUUUGGAUUCCCCAACUGCCAUCCAUGUUCUUGUAAUGGGUUUGCUGAGCUUUGUGACCCAGUAACAGGGUCAUGCUUCAACUGUGGAGGCUUUACAACUGGACAGUACUGUGAAAGGUGCAUCGAUGGUUACUAUGGAAAUCCUUCUUCAGGACAACCAUGUCGCCCUUGCCGGUGUCCAGACACUCCCUCGAGCAAUCAAUACUUUGCCCUCUCCUGUUAUCAGGCCCCAUGGAGCUCAGAUGUAAUCUGCAAUUGUCUUCAAGGUUACACAGGUAUUCAGUGUGGAGAAUGCUCACCAGGCUUUUACAGGAACCCAAGAAUUUCAGGAGCCCCCUGUCGCCCAUGUGCAUGCAAUGACAACAUUGAUGUCACGGAUCCAGGGGCCUGUAGCCAGGUCACAGGGGAGUGCCUGAAGUGCCUGCAUAACACUUGGGGGCCCAACUGCCACCUCUGCAAACCUGGUCACUUUGGAUCUGCCCUCAAUCAGACCUGCAGAAGAUGUUCCUGCCACCCUUCUGGUGUGAAUCCUGCUAGAUGUUCCUCCGGUGAAGGACCCUGCCUUUGUGACCCUGCCACUGGCUCGUGCCCAUGCCUGCCGAAUGUCAGCGGCCUGACCUGUGACCGCUGCGCUGACGGAUACUGGAAUCUGGUUCCAGGCAGAGGAUGUCAGUCAUGCGACUGUGACCCCCAAACUUCCCAAAGUGACCACUGCGACCAGCUUACAGGCCAAUGUCCAUGUAAAUUAGGCUACGGUGGGAAACACUGCAAUGAGUGCAGAGAAAAUUACUACGGUGAUCCACCGGGACCAUGCGUUCCCUGUGACUGCCACAGGGAAGGUGCCCAGAAGCCCGCCUGUGACUCGCGCACGGGCAUGUGCCUCUGCCGGGCAGGCGUCGGAGGCCAGCGAUGUGAUCACUGCGCUCAAGGUCACGGCCAGGAAUUCCCUGCUUGUCUUCGGUGUCACUCGUGCUUUGAUCAAUGGAACCGCACCAUUUCUGCCCUCUCCGAAUUGGUGCAAGGAUUGAUGAGGCUGGCUGUUAACAUACGAGAUAAAAGAGGGUCCCAGCCUGUCUGUGAGGCUGACUUCAAAGGCCUCUCAGGGAACGUGUCUGAAAUAGAAAGGAUGCUGAAUGAGCCCGUUUUCUCAUCUGGAGAAUUUUUAAGAGUCAAGGAUUAUCACGAUUUCAUUGGGAAACAAAUCAUGCAGUUAAGUGAGCAGCUGCAAACAGUGUAUGAAUUUCAGGAUCUGAACAAAACAAUAGUGAGACUGAGGACUGAAGCAGACCUCUUACUUGCAGAAACUCAGGAGGAAGUUGAUUUGCAUUCCAGUGCCCGGAACACAAGCAUCAUGGAUGCCUCAGAGGACAUUAAGAAGUAUCAUCAGAUAUCAACAUCUGCUGAAAAGAAAAUUAAUGAAGCUAUUCUCAUAAUAAAUAUCUCUGAAAACACCAGGAAUGACUCACUUCACAUCUUAGAUACAGUAAUGUCAACAGGAAAUAUUUCUCUGGAAAAAUUAAAGCAGAUCAAGAUACCAGAUAUCCAAAUACUGAAUGAAAAGGUGUGUGGCAAGCCGGGGCACCUGCCUUGUGUGCUGGCCCCAUGCGGUGGUGCUCUCUGCAAGGACCUGGAGGGGCACAGACACUGUGGUGGCCCCAGUUGUGGGGGGUCCCUAACUCUCUCAAGGAAUGCCCUGCAGAAAGCCCAAGAAACAGAAACCAUGAUUCAGAAUUUGGACAGCCAAGUUAAAGGGUUGAAGAAUCAGAUCAAAAAUAUAAGUAAACUGACAGAAGUCUCUACUGUCAAUGUUUUAGAACUAAGUGAGAAAAUGGAGACCAUAAAAAACCAAAGUGAAUCUGAGAAAGAUAAAAUAAAUCUUUUAAUCAACAAAAUGGAAAACUUUCUGUCAGAGGAAAACGUGCCUCCAGAGGACAUAGAGAAGGUUGCAAAACAUGUGCUUGGCAUCCACUUGCAAAUAACUUCACACAACCUAACUCAAGAACUUGACAGAAUAAAAGAAUAUGUGCAUCUCUCUGAGGACAACAGGACAGAUGAAAGCCUUCUGACUACGAGAGCAGAUGAGAUCCAGAAGCUGCUGAUGAAGGCGCAAGUAGCUGAGAAUACAACAAGUGCUCUGUUCAAUCUUGAUGAAUUGUUAAGGACAUUGCAAGGAGUUCAAAUCACCCAAGGAGGGGCAAAUUCUACUAUCACGCAACUGAAUGCUGAGAUAAGACGCAUAAGGAAGAAAAUUCUACAGGCAGAAGACCGAGCCAAGAAGUCGAUGAAGGAGCUGAACUCAGCACAGCAGCUGUCGGAUCUGGAAGAUAGGCUGCCCCAGCUGCGGACCAAGUUACAAAGGAAUCAAGACCGAGCUGCCAGUGCAAAUGCUCAGGCUGAGUCUGCCGUCCGCGAGGCUGAGGGCACAGAAAAGGAAUUUGUUGAGCUGAAAAAACAACAUGCUCUUCUUCAGCAUAAGACAAGCACUACAGGAAAAACAUUAGGAAAACUUAAACAGCUGAAAGAUGUGGCAGAAAAAAUGGCUGUAGACACAGAGGACAAGUUGAGAAGAAUAACAGAUUUAGAAAAGAAGAUUCACGAUUUGAACCAAAGUAAACAAGAAAAAGCUGAUCAACUGAGACAUUUGGAAGAUCGAGUAAUUGCAAUUAAAAAUGAAAUUGUCGAGGAAGGAAAUAAAUAUGCUUCCUGCUACAGCUAG